GGCUUUAGAAAGGUGUGUCAUAUCCGAUCUAAGCCUAGGAGUAUCAAGGAGCCUUUCCGCAGCCUCUUGUGUCACCAAUCGAUCCACAGCCUUGAUAAACUUGAGUCUUUGAUUCGUUUAUGCAAGGAUCUAUCCAAACCAUCCAGAGAAGGGUCCGAGGAUCUCAUUAAGUGGUAUCAGAGCACUCUGGAAGGGGAGUUUCGAUUUCUCUUUUGCGAUUUCAUAAGAUCUGUGUUCAUCGUGUUAUAUCAUUGAUCAUUUGGGUUUUACGUGUUGUUUCUCACUCGAUCUGAUUAGUAUCAUUGAUAGGAUUGAUAGAUCUGUUUGUUUCGUGUCUCAUAUUGCUAGAUCUAAGAAUUUCGAUCAAGUUUUAAACAAAAACCUUUCACAUUCUUGUCGAUUACGUUAUCGUUUUGCUUGAUCCAAAAGUUUCUUGUGAUUGUGUGACUCGAUCUGUUGUUAGAAUCAUAGAUCAGGAUUUGAUUAUCUCAUUUCAUCAUCCGUUGAAUCUGAUCUGUUAUUGUUUCAAUUUCGAAAGUGAUAAAAUUCAAAUCGUCGCGUGUUGAUCAAGUAUCUUCAUUUGCCGCUUUGUUUGAAUACUUUGUUUCCUUAUUUGAAUCUUGAGUUCUGAAUUCUUUUGAACUACUUACUGGUUCAAGUUCUUCGUGUAUUAGGAAGCAAUGGGGUCUGAAGAGGAUGAUGAAACCUUUGUGCGAAGGAAUAAGUUGCUGCAAGAAGCAAUCACCAAACAAGUGAUGGAAGCGAUGGUGAAGUUGCUGGAAGAGAAGUAUGAUCAGAGACCGAAUGAUGGGCAAGGACAAGCAUCUGGCCAGAGACGUGAACAAAGGAGAAACAGACAAGGCCAGCGUGAGCAUGCUGGAUCAGAAGAAACUGAUAACUUCUAUGAGAGAAGUAGCCAUAGCUCCGGUUCGAGACAUAGCAGUAGAAGAUCUCGACAUGAUCAUGAAGGCCGAAGGCAUAGACGCAAUGAGCUAUCAGGAUUGAAGCUUAAGAUCCCUCCUUUCCAUGGUAAAGCUGAUCCAGAUGCCUAUCUUGAGUGGGAGAAGAAGAUCGAACUCGUUUUCAACUGUCAGCAUUACUCAGAGACUAAGAAGAUUCAAGUAGCUGCUACCGAGUUCAAUGAUUAUGCAUUGAGCUGGUGGGAUCAGUUGGUUACAAACAAGAGGCGCAAUGGUGAAUUCCCCAUUGAAACAUGGGCAGAGAUGAAAGCUGUGAUGCGCAAGAGGUUUGUACCAAGUCAUUAUCACCGUGAUCUUCAUCAAAAGCUGAGACUGCUCACACAAGGAUCAAAGUCGGUAGAGGAAUACUUUCAAGAGAUGGAGUUGCUUAUGCUAAGAGCUUGUGUAUCUGAGGACAGUGAAGCUACUAUGGCACGAUUUCUUGGUGGACUCAACCGUGAGAUACAAGAUAGAGUGGAGAUGCAACACUACUUGGAGAUAGAGGAGAUGCUACACAAAGCUAUCUUGGUGGAGCAGCAAGUUAAGAGAAGAAGUUAUGCACGUGGCAGCUAUAGUUCCAGUAGAUACCAGACCUCUAAGGAAGAUAAACCAAGCUAUCAGAAGGAGAGCAAACCACAGCCAAAAGAAGAAUCCAAGUCUAGUAGCAUCUACAACAAAGAUAAGGGUAAAGUGGAAGCUACAAGCUCGCGUGCAAGAGAUGUGAAGUGUUUUAAGUGCCAAGGGCGUGGGCACUAUGCUAAUGAGUGUACUAACAAGAGAGUUAUGAUUCUUCUGGAGAAUGGAGAGUUUGAAUCUGAAGAUGAAAAACUCAGGACUGAUCAAGAACUAUCUGAAGCUGAGUAUGAGGAGGAACCAGUUCAAGGUAGACUUUUGGUUGCAAGAAGAACUCUCAGUUUGCAAAACAAAACUGAGGAGCAAGAACAAAGAGAGAACUUGUUCUACACACGUUGUAUGGUGCAAGGGAAGGUCUGCAGCCUGAUCAUCGACGGUGGAAGCUGUGUUAAUGUUGCUAGUGAGACAAUGGUGAAGAAGCUUGGUUUGAAAGCUCAAAAGCAUCCUAAACCUUACCGGCUGCAGUGGCUUAAUGAAGAGGGCAAGAUGAGGGUAUCUACUCAGGUUUCUAUACCCUUGUCCAUUGGAAGGUAUGAAGAUGACAUUCUCUGUGAUGUGAUACCCAUGGAAGCCAGCCACAUACUACUGGGAAGGCCUUGGCAGUUUGAUAGGCGUGUCAUCCAUGAUGGCUUCACCAACAAACAUUCUUUUGAGUUCAACGGCAAGCGAACUGUCUUGGUACCUCUAACUCCUAAAGAAGUGCAUGAAGAUCAGCUUCAGCUUCAGAAAAAGAAAGAGAUUGAUCUCAAACCAGAUAAGCAACACAACUUCUAUGCUAAAGCUAGUGAAAUCAAAAGAUCUCUUUAUUCUCAUCAAUCGGUUCUCUUAUUUAUUUUUAUAGAAUCUCUUUUGUCUCUAACCGAUUGUACACCGGUGUAUCCGAGUGAGAUGUCAGCUCUUUUACAGGAAUACCAGGACGUAUUUCCAGAAGAUAAUCCCAUAGGUUUGCCACUUAUUCGAGGGAUUGAGCAUCAGAUUGAUUUUGUACCAGGAGCUACUCUUCCCAACAGACCAGCAUACAGAACUAAUCCUGUGGAAACUAAGGAGCUACAAAGACAGGUUGAGGAACUGAUGGAGAAAGGCCACAUCCGUGAGAGUAUGAGCCCAUGUGCUGUGCCUGUGCUCCUUGUGCCUAAGAAAGAUGGGAGCUGGCGCAUGUGUGUUGAUUGUAGAGCAAUCAACAACAUAACAGUGAAGUAUCGCCACCCUAUUCCUAGAUUAGAUGAUAUGCUUGAUGAAUUGCAUGGUUCUAGUGUCUUUUCUAAGAUAGAUUUGAAGAGUGGAUAUCAUCAAAUUAGAAUGAAAGAGGGAGAUGAGUGGAAAACAGCCUUUAAGACUAAGCAUGGGCUGUAUGAGUGGUUAGUCAUGCCUUUUGGAUUAACCAAUGCUCCUAGUACUUUUAUGAGAUUGAUGAACCAUGUGCUUAGAUCCUUCAUAGGCUUGUUUGUGGUAGUAUACUUUGAUGAUAUCCUUGUCUACUCUAAGAGUUUAGAAGAGCAUAUAAAACAUCUUAGGACUGUUCUUGAUGUCUUGAGGAAAGAAAAGUUAUUUGCUAAUCUUAAGAAAUGUACUUUCUGUACAGAUAACUUGGUCUUUUUAGGCUUUGUUGUGAGUGCAGAUGGAGUAAAGGUAGAUCAGGAGAAGGUGAGAGCAAUUCAAGAAUGGCCAAUUCCAAAGACUAUAAGUGAAGUGAGGAGCUUCCACGGCCUUGCUGGUUUCUACAGGCGGUUUGUUAAAGACUUUAGCACUAUAGCAGCUCCCUUGACUGAAGUGAUAAAGAAAGAAGUCGGAUUCAAGUGGGGAGAAGCACAAGAGACUGCCUUCCAAUGCCUUAAAGAUAAGCUUACUCACGCCCCUCUUCUUAUACUUCCUGACUUUAAUAAAACUUUUGAAAUAGAAUGUGAUGCCUCAGGAAUUGGUAUUGGUGCUGUAUUGAUGCAGGAGAAGAGACCCAUUGCAUACUUCAGUGAGAAGCUUGGAGGCGCCACCCUCAACUAUGCAACUUAUGAUAAAGAGCUGUAUGCCUUGGUGAGAGCCUUGCAGACUUGGCAGCACUAUCUCUGGCCUAAAGAAUUCGUCAUAAUACAGAUCAUGAGUCUCUCAAAUACCUCAAAGGACAGAACAAACUCAGCAAGAGACACGCUAGGUGGGUUGAGUUCAUUGAGACAUUUCCUUAUGUCAUCAAGUAUAAACAAGGUAAGGAAAACAUAGUUGCUGAUGCACUAUCCAGAAGGUAUGUUCUCUUGAACACUCUUGAUGCUAAGCUAUUAGGAUUUGAGCAGAUUAAAG